GGCUGCGGCGGCGACGGCGGCGACGGAGGAGGCUGGCGGUGGGGAGGGGGCGGAGACUAAAGAUUCUGAGGUGGGGAAUCGGGAGUUUCUGGAUUCUUUAUCCGGUAUUUUGAGGGCCGCCGGCUAUUUCUUUUGCAGUGUUGAGGAAGCUGCUGGGGCGGGGGACCCCGGAUUGGCGGCCGUCGUGGCGUGGAGAGUAAGAAAGUUAGCUUGAAUUUUGUGAAAAACCAGACAAGAGAAACUAAGGAUAGAAGACAAGGUUUUUCCAGUUUGCAUAAUAUUUCCCUCAUGGAUACUUUUUCAUAGCAUUUUAUGUGAUAUGAGAAGUUGUUUUUUUUUUUUUUUUGAAGUAACAUGGAUUUUAUACUACAGAAUCAAGAGAAUUGGCUUUAUAGGAAAAAUUGAUUUAUAUAAAGUGGUACAGGUUUUUGUAGAUAACCAUGACAACAUCCCAUAUGAAUGGGCAUGUUACAGAGGAGUCAGACAUCGAAGUAAAAAAUGUUGAUCUUGCAUCACCAGAGGAACAUCAGAAGCACCGAGAGAUGGCUGUUGACUGCCCUGGAGAUUUGGGCACCAGGAUGAUGCCAAUGCGACGAAGUGCGCAGUUGGAGCGUAUUCGACAGCAACAGGAGGAUAUGAGACGUAGGCGAGAAGAAGAAGGGAAAAAGCAAGAACUUGACCUUAAUUCUUCCAUGAGACUUAAGAAACUAGCCCAAAUUCCUCCAAAGACUGGAAUAGAUAACCCUAUAUUUGAUACAGAAGAAGGAAUUGUCUUAGAAAGUCCUCAUUAUGCUGUGAAAAUACUAGAAGUUGAAGACUUGUUUUCUUCACUUAAACAUAUCCAACAUACUUUGGUAGAUUCUCAGAGCCAGGAGGAUAUUUCAUUGCUUUUACAACUUGUACAAAAUAAAGAUUUCCAGAAUGCAUUUAAGAUAUACAAUGCUGUCACGGUACACAUGAACAAGGCCAGUCCUCCGUUUCCUCUUACUGCCAAUGCACAAGAUCUUGCACAAGAGGUGCAAACUGUUUUGAAGUCAUUCCAUCAGAAGGAAGGACAAGAACUAACUGCCUUGCUAAAUGCUCCACAUAUUCAGGCACUUUUACUGGCCCAUGAUAAAGUGGCUGAGCAGGAAAUGCAGCUAGAGCCCAUUACAGAUGAAAGAGUUUAUGAAAGCAUUGGCCAGUAUGGAGGAGAAACUGUAAAGAUAGUUCGCAUAGAAAAGGCUCGUGAUAUUCCAUUGGGUGCUACAGUUCGUAAUGAAAUGGAGUCUGUCAUCAUUAGCCGGAUAGUAAAAGGAGGUGCUGCAGAGAAAAGUGGUCUCUUACAUGAAGGAGAUGAAGUUCUGGAGAUUAAUGGUAUUGAAAUUCGGGGGAAAGAUGUCAAUGAGGUUUUUGACAUAUUGUCUGAUAUGCAUGGUACUUUGACAUUUGUUCUGAUUCCAAGUCAACAAAUUAAGCCUCCUCCUGCCAAGGAAACAGUAAUCCAUGUGAAAGCCCAUUUUGACUAUGACCCAUCAGAUGACCCUUAUGUUCCAUGUCGAGAGUUAGGUCUGUCUUUUCAAAAAGGGGAUAUACUUCAUGUGAUCAGUCAAGAAGAUCCAAACUGGUGGCAGGCCUAUAGGGAGGGGGACGAAGAUAACCAGCCUCUAGCUGGGCUUGUUCCAGGGAAAAGCUUUCAGCAGCAAAGAGAAGCCAUGAAGCAAACCAUAGAAGAAGACAAGGAGCCAGAAAAAUCAGGAAAACUUUGGUGUGCAAAGAAGAAUAAAAAGAAGAGGAAAAAGGUGUUAUAUAAUGCCAGUAAAAAUGAUGAUUAUGACAAUGAGGAGAUCUUAACUUAUGAGGAAAUGUCACUUUAUCAUCAACCAGCAAAUAGGAAAAGACCUAUCAUCUUGAUCGGUCCACAGAACUGUGGCCAGAAUGAAUUGCGUCAGAGGCUUAUGAACAAAGAAAAAGACCGCUUUGCAUCUGCAGUUCCUCAUACAACUCGGAGUAGACGAGACCACGAAGUAGCUGGCAGAGAUUACCACUUUGUUUCACGGCAAGCAUUUGAGGCAGAUAUAGCAGCUGGAAAGUUCAUUGAGCAUGGUGAAUUUGAGAAAAAUUUGUAUGGAACCAGCAUAGAUUCUGUACGGCAAGUGAUCAACUCUGGCAAGAUAUGUCUUUUAAGUCUUCGUACACAGUCUUUGAAGACCCUCCGGAAUUCAGAUUUGAAACCAUAUAUUAUAUUCAUUGCACCCCCUUCCCAAGAAAGGCUGCGGGCAUUAUUGGCCAAAGAGGGCAAGAAUCCAAAGCCUGAAGAAUUAAGAGAAAUCAUUGAGAAGACUAGAGAGAUGGAGCAGAACAAUGGCCACUACUUUGACACAGCAAUUGUGAAUUCAGAUCUUGAUAAAGCCUAUCAGGAAUUACUUAGGUUAAUUAACAAACUUGAUACGGAACCUCAGUGGGUGCCCUCCACUUGGCUGAGGUGAAGGAAACAUCCAUUCUGUGGCAUGAUUAGACUUGAUCUGGUAAAUUGCCAAUAGGAAGAUGGCCCCAAUACUUCAGCAAGGUUGAAGAGAAAGUGGAAGGUAGCAGGGUAAACUACAGACCUAUUCUUAGACCCCUCAAACCAGUGAGAAGAAAGCCACUUAGGCAAUUUGUGCACUACGUUCUUUAUUCUGUACACAUGGCUUUAGGGAUUUUUGCCUCAUUUGGAGAUUUUAAAUGGAAACAGAACUGUUUCCUGUAUCCUGUUAAAACGUUUCGUUUUCACCUACCUAAAUCUUUCCUGCUUGGUCAUAUUUCUAUGAAAAACAUGUCUGUGUACACAGUACUCCAUGCCUCACGCAAUUAUAAAUGCUAACAUUUAACACGCACAGAUUUUGUGGGAAUAUUUGGGGGAAAUGCUGCUUCUGUGCACUGGGCAAAACAGUAUUUUGCUCAGGAGACUGGCUUAGUCAUCAGAAAAACUUUCCUAAAAAAGAAAAAGAAAAAAAAUGGGGCCACUUUGGUUUGAAACAACUUGUGUAUCUUUUAAUUUUAAAAAACAUUCCAUUAGAAGCACCAGUUUUUUAGCUCAAACUUUAUAGAUCAGAUUGCACAGUCAGCAGACUUAUGUAGUUAAAAGUAAGCAAAAUAUGCUAAUCUUUUUAAAGCUGUAAUAAUUUUCUGAUUUUUUCCUAAGUUGUCUCAAGUGAUUUGAUAGCCGUGCUUCCUUUCUCUGAUCUUCAUAGUACAGUAGAAUGUGUAAGUUUUAUUUUUUUGAAUGUCAAGCACUCAGACAACUGUGUUGACUGUUAAAAAGUUUCUUCAUGAUGCACAUAGUUUUUUAUAUACAUGGAAGGACAUAGCACAUUUGAUGGUUUUUGCGUUUUUAUACAUGAGCACAGUAUUAAGUCUAUGAUUGUGCCAUGUAGGUAACAAACUGGAAUUCUAUUGAAAUAGCUGCUGUACUGUAUACUAAUAUUUAAUAGAUCAACAAAUGGUCAUUGAUAACAUUUGUCCAGCAUUGGAAUAAAAAUAUAUAUACUAGGGGAAUACUACGACAUUUGACUUUGAGAUCAGAAGAAAGACCUGAAUGAAAGUCAUUUGAACAUUUUAGGAAAAGAACAAUGGAGGAAAAGUAUUAAGCAUAUACAAACAGGUUUUUAUCCUACAAGGACCACCUCAUGACCAGAAUGCAACAGUUUGCUAAAUCGUAAAAGAAAUGUUUAAGCUGAUGGGAUUUUGUACUGUCUCUAUAGCUGUAGCUUUAAAAUUCAAUGUCUGUAAUUGGCAUGAAAAGUUAAUUUGUAGUCUUUUCAAGCUUUUAAGGAAUAGUGUGAUGCGUGACAAACAACCUCAAAUGUGAAUGCUUUUUUAUUUUUAUGACUUUAGCUACAGCAUUUUGUGCUCCCAGAGCUAAACACUGGAAUCAUACUGACUUUCACUUAAUUUAACACAAGUAGUUGUUACUAAUGAGAGUUUGUGUCAUGUAUAUAUUUGACUUCUCUUCUACAUAAUUUUAUUUGAACAAAUGUGGACAGUUUGUGUUGCCUCCUUCUGUUCAAUUUUGCAUGGCCUCUUUAGUUGGCUGAGGUGUGUCUCAUGUGGAAACAUUUUCAAGGUAAUGUUCCUUAGGAAGAAAGUAACAUUACUGGGGUUGGAGGAAGGAAUGCUAUAUUUACUGUUUCCUCAGGUCUAAAACACUCCAGCUCACAGCAGGAAAAUGAAAGGCCACAUCCAUUUUUAGCAUUGAAAACCAAGGAAUAUGCUUAGCACGUAACCUCAGUUUUCCACAGUUUACUUUCUCCUCAGGAAAGAAAGGUAGUUUACAGUCAGUGGAGCUUUGUGAUCUGAGUAUUGAUUGAAAACACUGACAGUCGGGCACAGUAGUGCCUGCCUAUACUCCUAGCACUAGGGAGGCUAAGACAGGAGGAUUGCCAGUUUGAAGCCAGCUUGGGCUACAUAACAAGACUCUUGUCUCAAAAAAAGAAAAUACUGUUUGAGAUUUUAGGUAGUGUCUAUGAGUGGCUAUUGUGCCACUAUCAGUAAGCCACGUACUAUCAAAGCUCAGACCCAUGACUUUCAUAGGCAGACGCCAUACUCUUAGGAACUCUUGAUACUUUGAGGGUCAGUGAGGUCUUAUAGUUCUUUCCUUCCUCAUCAGCAAUAGUAGAGGAAUAUGUCCUGGUCUUUUCUAAAUCCUAGUGCUAUAAAUGUACUGAUAUUCAACAUAGUUCCUUAACAAAGUGAAAAUGGAGUUGUGCUGGUUUCCUCAAAAGAAUAUGGGGAAAGCUUUGCUCUACCUGUAGUUGCACAGCCACUCUGGCCAGUUCCAUUUCCUGUCCCUCUGUGGAAAUUGCAGUGUCAGGGAGGUCUUAACCACUUACAGAAAUGAUACCAAUGGCUAAUGAAAUGUACUUAGGAAAUCCAAGCAAGGAGAUCUCUUCAUUUCCUAAAUUUUCUUAAGUUGGAACAAAUGGAAGGACCUUAGUAUUUAGACUAAUCCAGAUUUGCUUUCUAUGAAAAUCUAAUGUCUGGAUUUUUUCCUUUUCUUGUAGCCUAAGGAGUAAGUACUGAUAAUGAUUUGAAUGUAAUUUUGUGAAUGUGUGUGGAAUAUAAACCAGGGAUUUAGCCUUAGUAAAGGUAACCUUUCUGAUGUCUGUUGUUAAUCCCCCUUUGUACUCUUAUCCUGUAUCUGCACUCUAUUAUUUUGAGAUGUCAUACUGCACACUGUAUUGUAAAAAUAAAAACUUAAAAUUAUGUUUCAAAUUUAACAACCCACUGAAUAUUUCCUCUUGCUGUGUUUGUAUCCAUUGCCAUUCAGGGUUUCCACACAUAUAAAGACCACUGCCCUCUUCCAAGUGUAUGACAGAAGCAAGACCACUGGAAGCCCUGGGUGGAACACAAAUUACUUUUGUUGUAUGCGGUGGAAGAGCCUCACUCGUUAGCACAGAUAUAAGUGUUUCUGUUUCCUUUUUUGUUGAAACAGACAAGUAACUAUUAAAGAUGGACAGAUUAAGGCUGUGAACUGAAACUUUGGUAGAAGCAGGUAUGUAAUACCCAGGCAAAUUUACCAUAAGUGUAGCUGGGCACUGAUGGCUCACGCCUAUAAUCCUGGCUACUCAGGAGGCAAAGGUGGAUCAUGGUUUGAUGCCAGCAUGGGCAAAACAGUUCUUUUGACCCUAUCUUAAAAAUACCCAACACAGAAAAGGGCUGGUGGAAUGGCUCAAGUGGUAGUGUCUA